AUGCCAAAGGCGGAUUUUCUUGAAGUGGUCGAGAUUCACAUUCCAGUCACUCAGGCAUUAUUCGAUGCACUGGUGGCUUUGUCCGCUCGUGUUUCUUCCAUGCUCCUCGGUCCAACCAGUUGGAUUCGUCAGUGGCAAAAUAUUGACGAGGAACUUCGUGUACGCCUGAGCCUAAUCCAACCGGCUGUGGUGGUUGAACCGGUGGCCGUGUACUGUGGGACACGAAUACCCGGUCCAUUCCUGUCACAUGACGGAGCGACAGCCAUGUUGUUACGGUUUCAUGGGACAAGGAACACGAAUGCGAAGGGUUUCACUUUGCACUACGAGUUUGUUGAACCGGGCGUUAUUCGAUCCGCGUCAGGACAACCGCGAACUGUUUGCGGUGGUAAUUAUUCCUCAGUCGAUCAAUCCGGAUUGAUUGAGACUCCGAACUACCCGGAACCAUAUGGGAAUAAUAUUGAUUGCACGUGGAAUCUUGCCGGGCGAACAAAAGAUAGCCAGUUACAAUUGCAUUUUCAAUCGUUUCACUUGGAGGGCAGCGCGGACGAUUGUUCAAGAUCGGUAGUUCGAAUCUACGAAGGAUCACACUUUCGGCCGUCAUUUGAGUUCUGUGGAAAUCAGACCAAACUACCUCCGUUAGUCCUGUCCUCUUCAGCAGCUAUCGUCCGGUACGUUUGA